AACAUGAGGGUGUGUAGAUAAUGGUAGUGAAAGAUGGUCUUCUUUAUUGGUCUUUCCUGUUUUGCGGAGUCUUCUUACAUGGUGUCUUUAUUUCCUUUCCUUUUCAGUUGGAGAGCAGGUAGGAGGAAUAAGACUCUGACAUGAGUCUGGAGAUAGCCUCCAUUUCCCUUUUUCUACUCAUAAUAUAUCUAGGGUCUCUCUCUGUGUGUGUGAGGGAGAGGGGAGGGAAGGAGGGAGGGAGAGAGAUCUCCUAAGAAAAGGCGGAGCGAAAAAGAGGGAGAGAGAAUUCCAUAACCAUUCUUAUAUCACAUCCCACGUGCUCAUGGGAUUGCAUCCCUCAGGAGAAAUUUUUACAGCAAGGCAAUCAAUUCGGUGCAUUCCAAUCGGCUGAACAACGAGUCAUCCAAAAUUUCUCCUCGAGGAGGAGAUCAGCUAUGAGAGAUUUUUAUUCCGUUUGACAGCACAGCAGUAAUUCCAUCAAAUAAGAAGCAAAAUUAUCUAUGGCUACGUAUUUCCAUGGUGCCCCGGCCGAAUUCCAAGCUGAUGGAUUGCAGACACUCUAUCUGAUGAACCCCAAUUAUGCCGCUUAUUCCGACACGGCCGUUCCGGCCAACAUGAUCCUCCUGAAUUCUGUGAAUUCGCUGAAUCCAACGAACCUCGGCCACUGCGCCGCCACGGCACAACCAAACCAGCACCAACACUUUGCCGGGAUCCCGCUCCAACCACCGGUCGCCGCCCACGAAUCCAACCGCCUGCCAUCCAUCCAACCCUCCCAUGAUGUCUCAGCCGACCCCCGCCUCCACUACAAUCUAUGGACCCCGACGGCGCCCAACAAUUCCAUCGACAUGGCGUCGCAGCUGGGUCCCCGGCGCACCUCCACUGCACCUCCUCAACCUCAGCAAGGGUUGUCCCUCAGCCUCUCUCCACAGGAAAUAACUCUGGCCGGCACCGAGGAAGCGAAGAUCCUGGGUUCUUCGUCCUCGGCACCGUCGGGUGUUUCGAAUGCUGUCUCGGUUUUGCAGAGCUUUUUGAUCGGGUCUAAGUACUUGAAGGCAGCUCAACAAUUGCUCGACGAGGCGGUACACGUCGGGCAGGGAAUCAAAGGUGAUUCGAUGAAGGGGACUAAUUCCAAGAGUCCGACGAAGAGCAACAGGGAGUCGGAAGGCACCGGCACCGGGACGGCGGAGGAAGACAAGAGCACCAAGCGAGAGGCCGAUCUCACUACGGCUGAGAGGCAGGAGCUUCAGAUGAAGAAGGCAAAGCUUGUUAACAUGCUUGAAGAGGUGGAACAGAGGUACAGGCAGUACCACCACCAGAUGCAAAUUGUGGUCUCUUCUUUCGAACAAGUGGCUGGAAUUGGGUCGGCAAGAACAUAUACCGCCCUCGCUUUACAGACCAUAUCGAAGCAAUUCCGGUGCCUCCGAGAUGCCAUCACCGGCCAAAUUCAGGCCACCAGUAGGAGCUUGGGGGAAGAAGAUACCAAGUCCGGUGGCUCCAGGCUUCGGUUGGUCGACCAUCACCUGAGGCAGCAGCGGGCUCUUCAACAGCUCGGAAUGAUCCAGCACAAUGCUUGGAGACCCCAGAGAGGAUUGCCCGAACGCUCUGUUUCCGUUCUUCGUGCUUGGCUCUUCGAACACUUCCUCCACCCUUAUCCAAAGGAUUCAGACAAGCUCAUGCUUGCCAAACAAACAGGCCUCACUAGGAGUCAGGUCUCCAACUGGUUCAUAAAUGCGAGGGUCCGACUGUGGAAGCCAAUGGUGGAGGAAAUGUACUUGGAGGAAAUGAAGGACCAUGAACCGAACUACACCGAUGAGAAAGGUAGCAAGAGUGAUGCUAAUGAAAACUCGAUCUCCAAGUCCAGUGCAAACCAAGAGAGCAGCCCAACGAGAACAGGGCAGGACUACUCGAAUGAUCCAAAACCUUCUACGGUCGCAAUACCACUGCCAUCCUUGGGAAAUGAUCAAAAACAUGCAGCCAUGCAACAAGAUCUUAAGAAGGCCAGGAGUGAGGAAUUGCUGCAGCCGAACACCAUGACGCAUUCCAUCAGUUUUGAUAUGAAGUCCGAAGAGAUGAGCAACCGAGAGCUUCUGAUGAAGUUUAUGGAUGGACGGCAGAGGGCAGGGGACCAAGGCUUUUCCUUGAUAGCAGGAAACACAAGCCACGGAGGUAAUUUUGAGGCUUAUCCAGUUGCAGGAAUUGGGAGGUUCGACUCUGAGCAAUUCGCGCCGAGUUUUUCUGGCAAUGGUGUUUCCCUCACUCUUGGGCUCCCACAAUGUGAGAACUUCUCCCUCUCGGGAGCACAGCCAUCUUUUCUGACAUCCAGAGUAGAAAGAGGUUUGCAGCACGAUUACUACCAGACUUUGUAGCUUGAAUAUUAUAUCUGCUUUAGAUUUGAAUGGGUGUAUCAGCUUACGUGUAAAGUAGAAGUAAUUGGGGUAUGGGGAAACAGAAACCUAUCACUGGGUGCCGGUAGGACGAAUGGCUUCAGAUGAAAGUUAAUUUUCUAUAAUUCAUAGAGACAUUUGGUAUGGGAUUUGAGUAGAUUAGCAGUUUGAAUCCAUAAAACUGAGGAAUGUAUAUGUUUUUUCACUCCUUUGGGACAUACAUACUGAUCAGUAUGCAAUUUUUAUGCAAACAUAUUUAGGAUAGAUAU